CCGUCAGCGCCGUUAGCGCCCCCGGGAGUCGGCACCUCUGCGUCCGGAGCUGCGCGGCACUGACAACCAUGGCCGUCUCGGCGUCGGCGGCGCGGCUGCGGCUCGGAGUGCGGGGAGUGAGGGCCAUGCAAGCCGGAGGCUUCGGCUGCGAACGGCCAGCUAAUUUCAGCUCGGACGCGGGCGCCAUCAGGGAAGCCGGUGGGACCUUCGCAAAGAAAGAGAAGGCCGAAGAGGAGCGAUACUUCCGAGAGCGGACUAAAGAACAACUGGCAGCCUUGAAGAAACACCAUGAAGAUGAGAUCACUCAUCAUAAAAAGGAGAUUGAGCGUCUGCAGAAAGAAAUUGAGCGGCAUAAGCAGAACAUCAAGAAACUGAAAGAUCAUACUGAUGAUUAAGUGCACGCAGUUCCCCAUAGAAUGGCUACAUAAUGUCCACCUCUAUGAAGACAUAGUUCUGGUAACUAAUAUCGUAUCUAUGCUGCCAACAGAUUAUAAUAAAUUGUGAUCAGUGAA